AUGAACGUCAAGACCUUGACUCGCCUGGCGAUUUCCUGCAAACCAUCAAACAACACCCACCGGCUUCCUUUUUCCCAAACGCUAUCAUCCAUUUCGACGAUUUCGCGACCCAGUUCGCCAUUAGCGUCACUAUCCAUCCAGUCUAAGGGCAUUUUCCAGAAGCAGCAAGUCAGGAUGGCCAGCAAAAUAACCGAAUGGGUCAAGACGGACGAUAAGACGGGCGAGUUCAAGCGCCAGCAGAGCUCGUUCCGCGACGCCAUCUCCCGCGCGCAAGGCGCAAAGUUCCCUGCCGAGAAGGGUCGUUACCAUCUCUACGUCAGCUAUGCCUGCCCGUGGGCCUGCCGUGCGUUGAUCACGCGCCAACUGAAGGGGCUGGAGGACAUCAUCAGCUACUCCGUCGUCCACUGGCAUCUGGGCGAGAAGGGAUGGCGCUUCGUCACCAAAGAUGAGCAGGGCAGCGUCCCGGGCGACCACGUCGUGCCGGACCCCGUCCCGGGCCACGAGAACUUCACCCACCUCCGCGACAUCUACUUUGAGUCGGCGCCCGGCUACGAGGGGCGCUUCACCGUUCCCGUGUUGUACGACACAAAGCUCAAGACCAUCGUCAGCAACGAGAGCAGCGAAAUCAUUCGUAUGCUCUACACCGAGUUUGACGACCUCGUGGACGAAAAGUAUCGCCAGGUCAAGCUCUACCCCGAGGUUCUUCGCACGCAGAUCGACGAGGCCAACGAGUGGACGUACGACAAGAUCAACAACGGCGUCUACAAGUCCGGCUUCGCCACGACGCAGGACGCCUACGAGCGCAAUGUCGUUGCCCUGUUUGAGGCGCUUGACAAGGCGGAGGCCCACCUGGCGUCUACGCACAAGGAGGGCCCGUACUACUUUGGCCAGGAGAUUACCGAGGCGGAUAUCAGACUUUACGUGACAGUUAUCCGAUUCGAUCCCGUCUAUGUCCAGCAUUUCAAAUGCAACAUUCGUGACAUCCGCUCCGGGUACCCCUACCUGCACAAGUGGAUGCGCAACCUCUACUGGACCGUUCCGGCGUUCCGCGACACGACCCAGUUCGAGCACAUCAAGUGGCACUACACCAAGAGCCACACCCAGAUCAACCCCUUCUCCAUCAGCCCUGUCGGGCCCUUGCCGGACAUCCUCCCUCUGGAUGAGGAGGUCAAGGCCGUCAGCACCAAGCUGUGA